UUGCUCCUACUAUUUGCAAUUUGCAGCCACGACAUGACCACAGCUCCAACCACAGAAACCUUCCAACCUCCCAAAACCUCUCCUUGUCCUCCCAUUGGCCGGCUUGCUACUGUGGCUGCCCACACCACCACACAUCUCUCUCUCUACCUCUGUGUCGAUGUUCAUCUCCCUCUCUCUCUCUAGGCUGGGUCGUUUGGGUAGGGAGCGAGGCUAGUGCGACUCAAGUAAUUAAAGCGAGAUUAGCCCCGGUCCAAACCCCAAAACUAACAAGAGGCACCAAACCAAAACCAAGAAAAAACCAAACUUUCCCAUGCAUUAUUCGGCUAAGAUUGUAGUAGAACAGCUAGCACAUACACACCAUGAUGAAGAGGAAGCAGAUGAGCUGGUAGCUAGAAAUACACUUCAAUCCAGCUGCAAUGCCCGCCUAUGAGGAGCUCUAGUCCAUGAGCAACACCUCUUCUCCGGCCUCUUCCAGCAGCGCCGCUCAGCACCACGAGACGACCUUGCAGCAGCAAGAGCUAUCCGCCGGAGCCAGCGAGGCCACCGGCAUUAUUUCUCUUCCCCCUGCUGCAGCUGCCGCCGACGACAAGGACGACAACGCCGAGCUGUCGCCUCCGCGGUGCGAAUGGGAGUUCCGGCUGGCAGCCACCCUGCCGUCCACCGCCCUGCCGGGGGCGUCCGACGCCAUCGGCAGCGUCGACUUCGACCCCACCGGCCGCCUCCUCGCCACCGGCGGCAUCGCCCGGAGGAUCCGGAUGUACGACGUGGCCUCCCUGCUGGUGGAUAGCGGCAACGACAACAGCGCUGGCCCUGGCCCCGGCCCCGCGGCGUGCAUCUGCGUGCCGGCGAAGCUGAGCAGCGUGCGGUGGCGCCCCGGCGCGCCGUCGGCGGUGGUGGGGUGCGGCGACUACGACGGCGUGGUGACGGAGUACGACGUGGAGCGCGGCGUGGCGGCGUGGGAGCGCGACGAGCACGCAGGGCGGCGCGUGUGGUCGCUGGACUACGCCCCCGGCGCGGCCAUGGCGGCGUCCGGGUCGGACGACCGCACGGCGCACGUGUGGGACCCGCGCGCCCCGUCAGCGGGCUGGGCCACCGCGCGCGCGGGCGGCGCCGUGCUGUGCGUGGAGUUCGACCCCUCGGGCGCGCCGCUGCUGGCCGUCGGGUCGGCGGACCGGCGCGCGGUGGUGUACGACGUCCGCGCGCUGGGCCGCGGCGCCGUGGCGUGGAUGGACGGGCACGGGCGCGCGGUGACGUACGUGCGGUGGGCGGGGGCCGGGGCGGCGCGGCGGGUGGUCACGUCGGCGGUGGACGGGACCCACCGGCUGUGGGAGUGGGGCGGCGCCGCCGCGGCGGUGGCGGCGGCGCGGGAGGUGCGGUCGUACAGCGGCCACGCGAGCGCGCGGAGCUUCGUGGGGAUGGGGGUGUGGCGCGGCGCGGGCCUCGUGGCCAGCGGCUCCGAGUCCAACCACGUCUUCGUCUACGACCUCCGGUGGGCCAAGCCCAUCUGGGUGCACCCCUUCGUCGGGGGGGCCCACGGCCCAGACACUGCUGGCGACGCUGCUGCUGGUGGUGGGUUCGUCAGCGCGGUGGCGUGGCGACAGGGCAGCGACCACGGCGGCGGCGGCGCGCUGGUCGCCGGCGGGUCGGACGGCCUGCUCAAGAUGUUCACGUGCCAUCGGCGGAAGGCGGCCGGGGACGCCGACGACGCUUCUCUUCUCCUGUGACUUUCGUCGCUUGUGCUUUCUUUUUCUCUCCUUUUUAUUUUUUUUUCUUUUCUUUCGGACAACGAAAAGAAGAAUUAAGUACAUGUUAGACAGGAGAGAGAUCGAGGAUGCUGAAGAUGAUUCUUUUUAUUUUCUGCGUGAUGAUGCACACAUCCCUGACAGUGUACUGAUCUAUUUUUAAUGAAUAAUAAGAAAUACCAUGACGACGCGAUUAUUUA